CUAAAUUACAGAAACGUCAAAAAUGGGACAUUAAAUUUUUCUGCUGUAGCUAAUUUUUCCUGAAAAAUAAUCAUUCACAAAAAAAUCCGGAUUCGUCAUCAUUGUGAGAUUGAAAUCCUGUGUAAGAAGGACUAUUUUUGUGUUAAGUGCUACUCAGUGUGGACAGUUAUGACCUGUUUUCAUUUAUGGUGUAAGGAAUAGGGGCAUCAAUACUUUGCUAACAGAGCGGUGCGGCGCGAUAAUGCGCGGGCGCAGAUAAUACACAGCCGUCCCAACAUUGCUCUGACUACCGUGUAAGAAUGGCGUCGGUGUGGAAGCGACUGCAGCGUGUGAACAAGCGAGCUGCCAAGUUCCAGUACACUGCCUCCUACCAUCGUGUAGAUCUUGAGACCUCGCCUAAAUGGAAACCAAACAAACUGAGUGUGGUGUGGACGAGGCGUUCCAGGCGGGUGAUCACGGAUCCAUUGGAAUGGGAGCCGUCGCUCAAAGAUCCACUCAAAGGGUCCGUCAUAUACACGGUGCCAGAGAAUAGAACGGUGGCCGUCACGCUGUUCAAGGACUCCCGCACCAACGAGCUGGAGGACAAAGACUGGACAUUUGUGCUUGAAGAUGUAUCAAUAACAGGCAAGCGUCGUCGCCUCGGCGUUUGUUCAAUAAAUAUGCGGAAGUUUGCAAGCUUGGAGCCCUCGCAGCGCGCGCUGGUACUGACCCUGGAGCCCACCACACACAAGGUGGUGGCCAUGUCGCUACACCUCACUCUACAUUGUGUGCUGUUGAGGGAGGGACAGGCUACCGAUGAAGACAUGCAGUCCCUGGCGUCUCUCCUGUCAGUGAACAACAACUCCGACAUCGCAGUGUUGGAGGACCUCGACGAGGACGACUACACGUUGUCCGAUAAUUCGACUAGACAGAUGUUAGACCUUCGACAGCAAAUGGAAGAAAUGACCCAAAGUUUAACAAACAGUGACAUAGCGGCGACCCCAAACAGCGUACAGAGCCUCAACUUCGACAAUUCCCGAACCCCUACAGCCCCCAUCACCCCAGAGACCACGACCCCAACCACACCCGUGCCUUCAGACCCCACGCCAAACGACAACGAUGUGACUAACGACCCCAUACCAAAAACAAGGCCAGAAAUGCUAAGCAAUCUCACUAAAAUGGUUAUGAAACCAGAACCUAAGUAUUUUUCGACCCCCAAAAUGAAUAAUGUUAUUAAUAAUGAGCCUAAAAGUGAGAUAAAGGGGGUCGUUUUUAAGCCUAAGACGGUAGCCAUGAGGAAUCUGAAGCCUUUGGAGUUGAAGACAAAUUUGAACAGUAUUAAUUUGGAUAGAAAUGAGAAUGAGAAGGAUGAGGACAGUGAUAAGACUCCAACUGCAGCUGAUAUGGAGAAGCUGUUUCCUGGCAAGUUUGAUAAGGAUAAAACGCCGGUCCAGGACCUCCUGGAAUGGUGUCAAUCAGUGACCCGCGAGUAUCGUUCCUGUCGAGUGACCAACCUGACCACGAGCUUCCGCUCCGGUCUGGCCUUCUGUGCCAUCAUACAUCGGUUCCGACCUGAUCUCAUUGAUUUCUCUGGCCUGCAGCCUGACGAGGCGGAGAAGAAUCUCCGCGUAGCUUUGGAAGCUUCUUCCAAGCUUGGCAUAUCUCAAGUACUGACUGCCGCCGAUGUAUGUUCCAGGCAAAUACCGGAUAGACUCGCCAUAAUGACAUAUCUAUUCCAACUGCGCGCACAUUUCACCGGCAAUGAAUUACAAGUAGAACAAUUAGGUAACGACGAGACGGAGUCGUCGUACCUGGUGGGUCGUCACGACACAGACGGGUCCAUACCGCAGGAACUGUUCAGCAGGGAGAUCAGCACUCGACGGUCCAGGAAUAUGAUGGACAGACCACGGCCUGGUUCACAAGAGUCCCAAGAGUCCAGAGCUUCAGUAGACCGGUCUACUCCUGAACAACCGUCUCCAGGAGGAAGGAAGGAUGUCAGAGACCUCCUGCAUCAGUCCAAGGCUAUACUUGGCAAGGUCUUGUCUCCCGCUCGAGACCAUAAACCUAGUGCUAAGUGGUUCGCUGACCCACUUAAGGUUAAUGAGCCACCCCCAGUGCGUCCGGAGAAGUUGAUGACCCGCAAAGAGUUGACGGAUCCGUUCGGAUCUGAUGAGGAGGAGGAAACACAGGAACCACCACCUCCAGCACCAACGAAUAACGGAAACAAUGUGAAUAAUGGGAACAAUGAAAUUGUAGCACCCCAACCAGACCCGAACCCAUCAGAACCGGUAAUAACAACGGACCCACUAACUCAACUAGAACCAGAUAACCGGGUAACCGCACCACCGAAACCAACCACACCUGAGUUACCCAAACCGACACCGCAAUUGUUAUCGCGUCAUGAUGAGUUGAAAGAGAGAGCGAGACAGCUGCUUGAAGCUACGAAAAGAGAGGCGAGGGAGAAGGACAGAAAAUUGAGACAAAAAGAAAAAGAAGAGAAAGAGAAUGGACAUAGGAAUGGAGAUGUGAGUCCUAAAAAGCCAAUGACGGAGGAAGAGAGACAGGCGAUGUUGCGAGAAAGAGCGAGAAAACUCAUCGCAGAUGCAAGAGCUGGUAUUGUUAGUCCGACCUCACCUCUAUCUCCGUCGCGGAACUCCCGCUCGGGCACCGUCGAGAUCAUCAGCAAACAAUCCGUCAUGGAUGAAAUUGUAGCAGCGGGCGGCGUGGAACAGUUGGACGCGUUACUGGGCCGGACGGACUCUCUGCCCUCUACUCCUGGCUCCAGGAAGAGUUCCGUCAGUCCUGAUAGAUCUGAGGAGCGGCUCAGUUCGGACGGGCGCAGUAUAAAGUCGGUGUCGCUGAGCGCGGGGCGGCGCUCCCCGCUGCAGUCCUUCGCCGCCAUCGUGGACGCGCUGCCCGGGGACGACCUGCACGACGCCGAGGAGGGCAAGGAGUCUGGCUCGUACAUCCAGAGCGAGCUGGAGGCGCUGGAGCGGGAGCAGGCCGCCAUCGACGAGCGAGCCGCCGCGCUCGAGAAACAACUGCGGCGGGUCAUGGAGUCCGCCGACAACACAGAGGAGGAGGAUCGUCUGAUGUCUCAGUGGUUCAACUUGGUCAACAAGAAGAACGCGCUGCUCAGGCGGCAGAUGCAGCUUAAUAUACUUGAACAAGAAGAGGACCUCAGUCGUCGCUGCGAGCUGCUGGCGCGCGAGCUGCGACUGUCGCUGGGCGUCGACGAGUGGAGGAAGACGCCCGGACAGAAGCGGAGGGAGCGGCUCCUACUGCAGGAGCUAUUAUCAGCUGUCAACGAGAGAGACAGGCUAGUACAAGAAAUGGAUGAGCAGGAGAGAGCAAUAGCAGAUGACGACGAAAUAGAACGGAAUCUAUCGCAAGUGGAAAUACAGAGAAAGAACAACUGUAUCUUACAGUGAACACCCUGUAUACAAUAUACAUGUCUAAUGAAACACCCUGUACAUCGUAGUACACUUACUAACAUACGAUUUUACAUCAGUGGACUUGUGAGUAUUAAACUAAGGGUUUUUCUAAAUAAAAUCAUCAUUUUGAGUUGGAGAAGUGUCUCAGGUUCGAUUCUUGAGUAGGUUACUUUUGGGUUUUUCAAAAUUCUCAGUUAUGGUACUGUUUACGUGUUUCAAAGAAUAUUACGUUGAAAAAGAUUUUUUUUCUCACAGUCCACAGAUGAAAAAUCAUACAUAAAAAAAAUCGUAACACUUAUUUAUUAUUUAAUAUUAAAUUAAAUGUAAAUGUUUUUAUUUUUAUGCAACAUUUUUCAUCGCAGUAUGCGUUUCGCGUCCUAUUUAAAGAAAUACUAGUAAAAGACCAGUGGUUCCCAACCAAGACAAAGAAUGGUGUGCGAAAAAUAAAAAAAAAACUUCAGACUAUCCUGUCCAAUAAAUGCCUCGAUUAAAGCUCGAAAUAAACGAUUAAAGCGUAGGAUUUUCAGGUUUUUUUCUGUCAUAACAACCUUCUCCUGAGAAUAACAAACAACAAAAAAAAAAUCUGUCAAAUCGGUCUAGCCGUUCUCAAGUUAUGGCGUGACAACGGGAAACAGGUUUCAUUUUUAUUAUAAUGUAGAUAAGAAGAUCUUACUUUGAAAAUAGUAUUUUUAAUCAUCGUGGUGUCUAACCCAACGAGGAUGAUAUAUAAUUUACAUUAACCUCUGGUAUGUCAGAGCGUAGAUCUCGAUCUCUCUCUCCAUUCAAGAACUCUUCUACAAACUCCUUUUUAGAAUCAUUUAAUAAAUGUUAAUAUACUAAAACCUGCUUCCAAGUAUAAUAAAUACUCUGUUGGUAACCACAUCAAAAUCGAUUCAGUUAAUUGCUAGAUAACCAUGGACAAACAUACAGACAGGUCAACUGGAGAACCCCUUUUUUGAUGUCGGUUAAAAAGGGGUCUUUGACCAGCAAAAGGUUGAGAACCACUACUUUAGAUAUAAACUUUCAAUGAAUAUUGUGUUAAAAUACAAUAAAAUACGACUUUAAAAA